AUGCUUGUCCCUAAUGCCAUGCGUGUCCCUAAUGCCAUGCGUGUCCCUAAUGCCAUGCUUGUCCCUAAUGCCAUGCUUGUCCCUAAUGCCAUGCUUGUCCCUAAUGCCAUGCUUGUCCCUAGUACUUGGGUUGAGAACUACGAGAGGGAGUUGAGAGAGAUGGAGGGGGUUUCCAAGUAUGAGUACGUCGCCUCCAUCCGCAGGAAGAGCUGUGGCUUCUCAAGAGGGGCUUCCAAGUACCGCGGAGUCACCAGGCACCAUCAGCACGGGCGGUGGGAGGCACGCAUAGGGCGAGUCAUGGGCAACAAGUACCUCUACUUGGGGACCUUUGCCACACAGGAGGAGGCAGCAGAGGCAUACGACAUAGCAGCAGUGAAGUACCGAGGGCUCAAUGCGGUUACCAACUUUGACCUCAGCCGCUACAUUGAUGGGCUCAGCUCUCAGGCAGAUGACCCUCAACUAGCGGAGGAACCAGUGAAAGCGGAUUCUGCAGUGCAGCAGGCCAUCUCGGACCCGGUUCCCCAGUUCCUCCCAUUCCAAAGCGACCAUGCAGCUGCAUGUUUCGCUCAAGCAGCAUCGGUUGAUCUCAGUGCUCCCCUGCCCCUGGCACUGCAUUCAGCGCACGUUCUGUCAGCAGGCACGCCAAACAUGGUGCCCUUGUACAGCCAGCAGAGCAUAGAGGUGGACCAGCAGCACCACGAUGGCAGGCCUCUCCCAAGCUUUGCUGCUUGCGGCAGUGCGGGCCCGCGCCGUCAGCGCGCAGAUGGCGGGAUUGAAUCAUCGCACGCGCGAGACGACCAGACUAUAAUCACGGCUGCGGAGACGAUUCAUACCGCUGCGGCGGCGGCGGCGGCGGCGGAGGAAUUUUAUGAGGAGGCGGAGGAGGGGGAGGAGGAGGACGGGAGCGAGUUUUUGGAGCGCGCGCGGAGCCUGCAGGAGGCGGAGGACGAGCGCGCGUACGAGCCGGAGGAGCAGAUCGACGUGUCGCGCUACAGCCUGCCGCUGCUGACGCCGGGCGGCAAGGAGGGUGAGGUGCUGGGCGGCUGA